ACGGGACGGUUCACCGACGGGGUGAUGGAAGGCGUAGGGACAGCGAUAUGGCCGGACGGGUCGAGCUAUCACGGUGACCCCCGGAUCAGCGGCAGCCAGCGGCAUGGUCACGGAACCUACCGCUGGCCCGACGGCUCCUCCUACGAGGGCGACUACGUCCACGAUCAGCGCCAUGGUGAGGGAGCCGCUCCCCGUCAGGCCGCGACGCCCAGCCGUGACGAGCGUCGCUCAGGUCAAGGACUCUACAGAGCGCGAAGCUGGCAGUACAGCGGGAGCUGGAGGGAAGACAUGAUGGACGGCGAGGUGACG